AUGCCUAAUUCCAGUGCACGAAUUGCUCCUGCCGUUCCAUCGAAGAUAAUAGAUGUGGUCGACCAAGCGCUAAAAGCGCGACUCUUAGGUGGUAGUACUUUCCAUUCAGGGUUUGAUAGUUUAAAUUCCGUACUUAACCUACAAUUCAGACUACAUUACCAUGUCAUUGGGUCGAAGGGACUUGCAAAGCCCGUUUGUGAUGUUUUAUUGAAGGACAGUCAAAAUUUAGAGAAAAACAUGAAUAUGAUGGAGGAAUUGAAUGACUAUCCGGACAUUACAAAACUCGUUGAGAAGAUUUUGUUCAAUUGCUUUGGGAUUCUUUUCUUCCACAGGGGCCAAUUUCAGGAAUCUCAGCGCUGUUUGCUGCACUCUUUGAAAAUUCAUAAUAACACUGCGCCACAAAGAACAGCGCUUAUGGAAGAGUAUGAUAAAUAUUUGGUCGUAGAAAACUUGUACUACCGUGGCCUACUUUCCCAAGACAUCAAUAUCAUGCAAAAUAUCAUUUACAAAGAACUACUGACACAUGUGGAUAAGGUUCCUCCCGAAUCAAAUGGUCUUCUUUUCGAAUACCUCAAUUUGAUUGUCGGAAAACUAAGGUUCAAUCAACUUCAGGAUUUAGCAGAAAAUUUUAAAAGUAGCGUCGACAGUCCUUUUAUUCUUUUUCUUUACAUAAUGAAGAAGUUCCAAUCACCUUCCAAAAAGCACAUCGAUAGUGAUGAUCUUUAUUUGAAGUUGGGGCAAAACGUCUUAUCGAAGGCCAAAUUCCCCACUGCGAGUGAAGCAAAUAACGAGACUUUGGAGCAUUUUAACGUCUUUUUACAGUAUUAUUUCAAAUUCACUAAUAUAAAAAAUAUAAAAGUUAAUUCCGGCUGGUACAGUUUCAUAAUAUCUUCAAUGGAAAAGACUUUUCAAAGUAUUGAGGUUUCGAAAACAGCAAUGCUUCUUUUCCAAAAUCUAAGCAAUAACAGUAGUGAUGAAAUGAAAAAAAAAACUUUAAAAAGAGAAUCUAUACUAAAUUUUGCUAAUUUUGUGAAGUAUAACGACAAGUACUAUCAGCUAAACGAUAACUCCCACCGUGACAUCAUUUCCUUCAUAGACGCCUAUUCUUUCAUUCUACAAAACUCCUCCAAGACCGAUUCAAUCGAAAACCUUUUCGAUUACGAUAAUACAGUAUCCAUGUUUGCCACCUCCUUGGAUUCCUUCUACAAAGAGUAUAAUUUGCCAAUAAUGAGCCAAUCAGAAUCCUUAGAUUGGCUGGAAAACAGCACCAGAUGUGUAUACCCAGAAAACAUUGCGAAAGUUCUGACAAAUGCGUGGUCGACUUUGUACGAAAUUAGAAAAUAUCAGUUAGAUUUCCUUAUAUCUAAUGAUUUGACUUCAUAUCUAUGUAAUGCAAUGAUGUUAUCAACAAAAGAGAAAGACAAUACUGAUGUUGAAGAGAAGGAGGAAGGAGAAGAAGAGAAAGCAUUACGUGAGUUACAAUUUAAAUAUUCUUACACUCUAGCGCAACAGAGACACAUUGAAACUGCAAGCAAGACUAUAGAAUCAUUGAUAUUAAGCAAAAACCCAAACUACUACAAAGCCUGGCACCUAUUGGCUCUUUGUAGAUCUGUCCAAGAAGAUAAGGAGAUGUCGUACAAGAUCGUUUGCUCCGUUUUAGAAGCCAUGAAUGAAAGUCUUCAAAGUAAUACUUUACUUCUGAAUGAUAGAUGGCAAUUUAUCCACCUAAAAAUAACCCAGUUGGCUAUAAUUGAAGAAAUUUUUGGUACUUUAGAAGCACUAGAGACACUCCCAGAAGUCUUUGAACUAUACACAACGUUAUUUCCAGAUUCCCAACCUGAACUGAACAGCUUGGGCCCUAAAUAUUCUCAAACUAAAGAAUAUCUUUUACAAAUGGUUUGGAUCUUCGCUGCGAAUAUGUACAUGAGAACGAAAGACAAUGACAAGGAUGCCAAGGCUGCCAUCAAAGAAGCUUCAAGUGUCGAAAGUAAAUUCAAGAAUUUAAAUUGUAAUAUCGCGAACGGUUAUUUAUCAAUAAUAAAAGAUGAACCAAGCGUGGCACUAAAGGAGUUCGAAACAGUAUUGUACUAUGACGAAAAUAAUUUAGAUGCCUUGAUCGGAUUCGCUGAAUUAAUUUUUCCUGAAGAACUAGGUAUAGAGGAAACUAAUCUUGAGUGUUAUUAUACUCUAAGCCUCGAUAAAAAACCAGCUAAGAGGGCCCAACUUACUUUCGUUAAUGACACAGACAGGUCAGCAGCGUAUGCAAGACUAAAAUUCCUAUUGGAGUGUGCGAUACUAGAAUCGAUCGAAGCUUACCAUUCCCCAGAGGUUUGGUGGUAUUUGUCCCUCAUUUACGAAAAGUAUCAAGAUGACGAAUACAAAAAUUCUUUAUUAAAGUGUAUUAAAUAUCAAGAAUUAAAUCCCAUUCGCUCCCUAAGGUAUUGUAAUUACUAA